CAUCAGACAGAACAAAAGUCUAGUUCACCUCAAAACUGCAAGACAAACGAAGAGUUGAAACAGAAAUGGAUUCCCUUCCUCUCAAUAAAUUUAUACUUUAGGUUUUGUCAAUAAAACCCAGUUCAUACCAAUCCAUUCUGCAACCCUUCUUCCUCACUCUACUGCUCAGUUGUAUUAAUUAUGUAGCUCUCUGCUGCUAUUGAUCCAUGGCUAGCUACAACUCCCCUUCAGACCCAAAAUCAGAUUCACUAGAAGUUGGAAAUGUCGAUGAUUUCAAGGUCCAUGUAUUCAAAUCAUCAUCUGAGUUGUUAGAGAACCUACAUGAGAAGUGGAACAAAGUAGAAAAGAAACCUUACCCAGCAAUGUAUUCCAGCAUUUAUGGUGGAAUAAUUCUUGAUCCAGCUUUGAUGGUGAUUCCAAUGGACGAUCACAUGGUUCAUCGAGGCCAUGGUGUUUUUGAUACAGCCAUUCUCUUAGAUGGCUACCUCUACGAGCUGGAUGUCCACCUAAACCGCUUCCUCAGAUCAGCUUCAAAAGCAAGGAUCCCAUCUCCCUUUGAUCGGUCAACUCUUCGAAGCAUUCUUGUGCAACUAGCAGCAGCAUCACAGAUCAAGAAAGGAACUCUAAGAUAUUGGUUGAGUGCUGGUCCUGGCGACUUCUUGCUCUCACCUACAGGUUGCCCAACAUCUGCAUUUUAUGCGGUAGUCAUUGAUGAGGACUUUAAUCAGUGCAAAGAAGGGGUUAAAGUGAUCACCUCCUCUACUCCCAUGAAGUCAUCACAAAUGGCAACAAUGAAGAAUGUGAACUACCUUCUUAAUAUCCUAGCAAAAAUGGAAGCUGAAGACAAAGGAGCCUUUGCUUCCAUAUGGGCGGAUGAGGAGGGUUACAUAGCAGAAGGUCCAAAUGUGAAUGUGGCUUUCAUAACACAUGACAAAGAGCUUAUUGUACCCUUCUUUGACAAGAUCCUUAGUGGUUGUACCGUGUUGAGGCUUCUCGAAUUGGCACCCAAGUUGGUUGAGUUAGGGAGUUUGAAAGCUGUGACAACUAGAAAUAUUACUGUGGAAGAAGCCAAAACCUCUGCUGAAAUGAUGUUUGUAGGAAGCACACUGCCUCUGUUGCCAAUUAUCGAGUGGGACGAACUGCCCAUUGGCAAUGGGGAGGUGGGAGAAUUGACAAUGGCACUCUCCGAUCUGGUGUGGGAUGAUAUGGUCGCAGGAUCAACUGAAACACAGAGGACAGCAGUUCCCUACGUCUAAGGGCUCACAGAAUUAUCAAAUCAUCAAGGGGCCUAUAAGAAUGCUUCUUCUUGCAUUUAGCUGCCUCACUGCUCACUGUUCCUGGUGUUACAAAUGCUUUGUUUUCUGCUGUAUCAUUCCUUUCUUCCUUUGUGAACAGCGAAAUCUUGAAUAAAAGAAUUUAGAAAGCUUUCUCAGUAAAAAAAUUAAAGUAUAUUAGCAGUUCAGCACAAGAGCAUAUUAGUAACCACAGAAAAAGUGAAU